AUGCAUAUAUCAUCACUUUUCAACUUUCAAGUGUUCUUGACUGGUUUCAAUAAUAUCCCACCGCCUGAAAUAUAUCGACCAGUGGUGCUUUGGCAUGGUCUUGGUGACAAUUAUAACGGGUCUGGAAUUCAUAGUGUCAAUGAUUUAAUUAGUGGCUUAUAUCCAGGCAUCUUUUUCCAUUCAAUAUACAUAGACGAGGAUCCUUCAGGAGAUCAACAGAAGCUGUUAUUUGGAGACGCAAACAAACAGGUGGAUCAAGUAUGCGAUCAGUUAAAGAGUAUUAAACAAUUGGCAAGUGCCGAAGGUAUUGAUGCAAUAGGAUUUUCACAAGGAGGUGUUUUAUUGCGUGGUUUGAUUGAAAGAUGUCCACAUUUGUCAUUUCAUAACUUGAUUACUUUUGGCAGCCCGCAUAUGGGUGUAAUGGAAAUGCCAUUAUGUAAAGAUCCAAGAGAUUGGAUUUGUAAAAGAAGAAACGAGCUUUUGAAGAAACAAGUGUGGAAUGAUAAUGUACAGAGGAAAGUACUACCUGCUCAAUAUUUUAGAGACCCCUUUGAAUAUGAAAAGUAUUUGAAGCAUUCAUUCUACUUGGCCGAUAUAAAUAAUGAAAGAAAUGAGAAAAAUGCAUCAUAUUUUACGAAUUUGACCAAGCUUAACAAGUUGGCAUUGGUCACUUUCACUGAAGAUACCACCGUCGUUCCCAAAGAAAGUGCAAUGUUUUGUGACAUUGAUACCAAUUGGAAACAAACCAUACCAUUCGAUAAAACCAAUUUGUAUGUUGAAGAUUACAUUGGGAUCAAACGUCUUCACGAGUUGGGUAAAAUUGAUUUUCAUUUCAUAGAGGCGGCGCAUAUGGCAAUCAGUGAUGAAUUUGUAGAGGAAAUAGCUUUGAAAUAUUUAGGUAACACAUAG